AUGGGGAGGGAGCCCGAGCGCGAGCUCUCGCCCAGGUCACCCGGCCCGUGGGGGGAGCGUGCCGAGCCGGCGCCGGCCGUGCGCGCGGGGGCGCGGGCCACUUGUGCGCCGCCGUCGGGCGGCGAGGGCGCGCGCGAGUGUCCGGGCGUGGAUGUGGGUACAGUCUUCGUGUGGCGUCUGGGUGGUCCUCACGUCCACUUCGGUCCAAAGGCCGAGGGGGCGCUGGCAGGGGCCAGCAACGAGGCGCACGUUGCUCUCCAAGAUGAGGCCGAGUGGCCGACCGAGAUGGUGGACUCCUCGUUCAGGUCGCAGUCAAGGACACGGCCCGACGGCCGCCGGCCGAGCGCGCCGCCACCGGCGCCCCACGCCUGCGCUCGCGGCCGCGGCCGCGGGCAGGGCAGCCCUGCUCACGGCGGGGCGACGGAGUCCGGAGACGUCGAUGUGCUUCGAGGCGAGCUGGCUGCCGCCCGCUGCGCCCACGCGGAGACGGAGAGGCGGCUGGCAGAGUGCGAGCUGCAGGCCGCCGUCGCUGAGCUGAGGGCGCGCCAGCGGGCGGUGGCCGGCCUCGAAGAGGAGCUCGCCGCGCAGCCGCCGCCUGCCGCCUGCGCCGCGGGUCUGGCGCCGCAGGAGGCCUGA